AUGUACUCUCCUGAAAAAGAUAAUGAUUCUUAAGAUCUCAUAAUGAAAGAUUAUUAAAUUCUAAAACAAGAGAAUUCAUAGCAAGAAGAGAGUAAAAUUAUUUUAAAAUCAGAAGAAGACAAGAUAAAUAUUAAUAGCAAAGUUGAAUAUUUUACUCUUAACGGGCAAGCGAAUUGUCCAAAAUGCAAGAUAGAAAUUGAGAAAAUUGAUAAGAGUAAUCACAUGAUUUGCUAGAAUUGCAAAUAUGAAUUCUGCUGGAAUUGCGGAUUGAAAGUUCAUCACUUCAUACAUGCAGAGUGGAUGUUCUUUAUAAGAUGUUAGCAAACUAUAAAUGUUAAACCAAAUUUAUGGAGAUCAUGCGCCUACUACUUCCUUACUCUAAUCCUUAUGCCAUUUAUACUCUUUUUUGCUUCAUUCAUUAUGUUUUGUGCUGGAGGAAUUCUGAUAACUUUAAAAGGGUACUAAAUUUCUGUGAAGGUUUUGCGAGAAGAAGAGAAAAUGGUAAAAGUUUUCUAUAUGAUUUUAUUAAUUCCAUCACUGACAUUCUCUUAUUUUGCUGCUGUUAUAGCAGGAUUACUAAUUUCACCUUUGGUUACUGCUAUUGGAUUAGUCCCUGCUUAAUUCAUUUACUUUUACCUUUUUAUAAAGAUGUCAUUAUGGCGUUCAAAGUUGAAAUUUGAUCAAGAUUAAACAAAAGAUGCUGAUAAAUGA